AUUUAUGUGCUAUUGAAUCUGAACAUACCCGCUGAAAUUGGGUCGGGUUUUAUCCUACCCGUGAUCUAGUUGCAGUUACUCCACGGCGGUACACUCUGCAUAGUGCGUGCGGAAGUUUGGAGGGCAGUUUUGUUUUCUCCGAAAUGCUCUACCGGAAAUUAACGCGGCGAGGGAUUCACGCCCUAACUCGUAGGCCUAAAUCGGUAAAUUCAGCACCAGCGCCGCCGUUACUGCCGCCGCCUCCGCUGUUCUCAACUCCUCCGGAUGUUCUCCUCGUCGGCAGAGUAAUUUCAGUUCUCAAACGCCACCACCCUUCCUGCCUCGACCCUCUAGCAUCCGAAUUUACUCCUCAGGCGGCUUCGUACUUGCUCCUCCAAUUACGGGAUAACCAAACCCUAAUUCUGAAAUUCCUGAAUUGGGCGCGCAAACUGCCCUUCUUCAGCAACCAUCUCCAAUGCCAUUGUCUCGCUAUUCACAUCCUCACUCGAAUAAAAAACUAUAAAGUGGCGCUAUCAGUGGCGGAGGAAGCUGCCGUACUAUUCCCCGACGAUGAGAACGAAGAUUCGGUCUUCGCAUGCCUGAAGGACACCUACCAGGCGUGUAACUCAAGUUCCGCUGUCUUUGAUUUGGUGGUAAAAGCUUUUGCUAAUUUGAAAAUGAUAGAUAGAUCUUUGAGAGUUAUUAAUCUAGCCAAGUCUCAUGGAUUCAUGCCUAGUGUAUUGUCGUACAAUUCUGUUCUAGAAGCCAUAAUCCGUAGUAAGGCUAGUGGAUAUGUUGAGUUAGCUACAAAUGUGUAUAAUGAUAUGUUAGAUAAUCAUGUCUCGCCGAAUGUUUUCACUUACAAUAUUAUGAUUAGGGGACAUUGUUCGGGUAAAGAAAUGGAUAGAGGUCUAGAUUUCUUGGAGGCAAUGGAGAGGAAAGGCUGUUUACCCAAUGUGGUUACCUAUAAUACAGUUAUAGAUGCCUAUUGCAAGACUGGGAAUGUUGAUAAGGCUUAUGCAAUGCUGAAAGUGAUGUGGGAGAAGAAUUUGGAGCCGAAUGUGAUUACUUACAAUGUGAUAAUAAAUGGUUUGUGUAGAGAAGGGAGGAUGGAGGAGACGAAGAAGGUUUUUGAGGAGGUGAAAGGGAGGGGUUUGAUUCCUGAUGAAAUAACUUACAACACAAUUAUCAACGGGUAUUGUAAAGAAGGGAAUUUUCAUCAAGCUCUUGUUUUGCAUGCGGAGAUGGUGAGGGAAGGUCUGUCUCCGAAUGUGGUGACUUACACUUCUUUGAUUAAUAGUAUGUGUCAAUCAAGGAACCUGCGUCGAGCUAUGGAGUUCUUUGAUCAGAUGCAGGUCAGAGGGCUGAGCCCAAAUGACAAAACUUAUACUACUUUGAUCGAUGGUUUCUCUCAGCAGGGGUUCACGGACGAAGCCUCUAGACUUCUAAAUGAAAUGAUGGAAAGGGGCUUUAGGCCGUCUAUUGUAACAUACAAUGCUUUGAUUAAUGGGUUUUGUGCAUCGGGUAGGAUUCAUGAAGCCUUGGAGAUGAUUAAAUAUAUGGCUACAAAAGUACAUCCAGAUGUUGUAAGUUACAGCACAAUCUUAUCUUGGUACUGUCGAAAUUUUGACAUGGACAAGGCAACCCAAGUGAAAGAUGAGAUGAUUGAGAAAGGAAUAUAUCCGGAUGCUAUUACUUAUUCGUCAUUGAUACAGGGUCUUUGUUGGCAAGGGAGGUUGGCCGAAGCUUGUAAAUUAUUUAGAAGUAUGCGGAAACUAGGAUUGCAGCCAGACAAGUGCACAUACACAUCUCUCAUCAAUGCUUAUUGCGCAGAAGACGACAUUGGAAGUGCUAUUCAGCUUCAUGGGGAGAUGAUAAAUAAGGGUUUCUUUCCUGAUGCUGUUACCUACAGUGUUCUAAUAAACGGUAUAAGCAAGCAGUCUCGGAGUAAGGAAGCAAAGCGACUUCUUUUCAAGUUGUUAUAUGACGAAUCAGUUCCUCGUGAAGUCACAUACGAUCUACUGAUAGAAAGCUGCAGCAAUAUUGACUUUCAGAAUGCGGCUUCCCUCGUAAAGGGAUUCUGCAUGAGGGGCUUGAUUAAUGAAGCAGAUCAAGUUUUCCACGCCAUGCUUCAGAAAAACCACAGGCCUAGUGAAGCAGUGUAUAGUAUACUAAUACACGGUCAUUGCAGAGUUGGGAAUGCACCAAAAGCCAUCGAUCUUUACAGGGAAAUGCUGCUUCAUGGAUUUGUCCCCCACGCGGCGACUGUUAUUGCUUUGGCUAAAGAACUUCACAAAGUGGGAAUGACAGACGAACUGUGGCGAAUACUGCAAGAUACAUUAAGAAGGUGUAGAAUCAUUGAUGGCAGCCCCGCUAAAGUCCUCGUGGAUGUGAAUUACAAAGAAGGGAACAUGGAUGCUGUGUUCAAUAUCCUCAAAGAGAUGGCCAAGGAUGGCCUUCUUCCGAAUGAAACAAGAAAUUUGUAGAAACAGGAACACAGUCGAACUUCGUGAUCCAAUAAGCAGAUUUCAAGAUUUUAUUAGAAAUCAACUAGAGCCAGCGCUUCGCAACAUUCUUUAAGCCCUUGUCUAGGCAGCAGCAAUAUAGCAUUUGGUACCUUCUUAUCU